AGAGGAGUCGUGCCAAUGUUAGCUUACAUGCGAUGUGAAAUAUUAUUAGAGUGCAGGAAACGCUCGUGUUUUAAUUGAUGCCCGGGAGACGCGACUGAACGAACCGUGUGGACGCGCCAAGUAGCACGUGACUGCUUUCGUCACUCGCAACCACCCGACCUCCAUCCAUAUUCAUCGCCGAGACCUCUACAGUUUCGACACAGUCGCCAGUCACUCAACGCCUAAGUCGCGAUAGCACUCUCUUAAGGAUUGUCCAAAACCGCUUGAUCUCAACUAUCUCGAAGCCCCCUAAUCUCGACAUCUCAUACCAGGCACCGAUCAUCAAACUUACCAACGAUGGCAGACUCAGGAGCCACAGCGCCUAAGCCAAGCAGCAGCGUCAAGCUUGUACUUUUGGGUGAAGCUGCAGUAGGAAAGUCCUCGCUCGUCAUGCGGUUUGUGAAUAAUGAUUUUCAAGAAAAUAAAGAGCCUACAAUAGGGGCCGCCUUCCUUACUCAAAAAUGCAAUCUCCCAACCCGUACCAUCAAAUUCGAGAUCUGGGAUACCGCCGGCCAAGAACGUUUCGCCAGCCUGGCGCCCAUGUACUACCGCAACGCCCAAGCCGCACUUGUCGUCUACGACAUUACGAAGCCUACGUCUCUCACAAAAGCCCAACACUGGGUUGCCGAACUCCAGCGUCAAGCCUCUCCAGGCAUCGUAAUUGCGCUCGUCGGUAACAAGGCCGACCUAGCCUCCGACGACUCUCCUGUCACAAAUGAUGAGUCUGAUGCUGAUGCAGCGGGUACAACGGAGGGUGAUGAGGAGGUAGCUGAGAGCGAAGAGAACGAGAAUGCGAAUGCGCGCAAGGUGCCUACGAAGACGGCAAAGGGGUAUGCGGAUGAGGAGAGUCUCUUGUUUUUUGAGACCUCGGCGAAGACCGGGCAAAAUGUUGCAGAGGUUUUUACGGCGAUUGCGAAUGCGAUUCCGGAGACUAGUUUGAAGGGACCGCGUGGUGUGGGUGGUAACACAAAUCUGGGUGGCAGCAGGCCAGAGGAUACUAGCAGGGUGAACUUGACUGGCGGACAGGAUCCGGCUGGUGCGAAAGAGGGCUGCGCAUGUUAGUGUGUUAUGGUACAAGUGUAGGGUACAGCGAACUGUAUCUACGCGCCCAGCCAGUGGGUGUUUGGGUGAGCCUGUUUGUGUGGACUCAUGGAGUGCUCCUGCACAACUUUUUAACUAACCAUGUCAUGUAUAUCGAAGAAGAUGAUAGGCGUACACAUACAUCCAUUCAUAUUACUAAUUAUAGACAUAAUGUCUUGAU